AUGUCCACCGAACGCAAGCCGAUCACGAUCUACGGCCAAACCAGCAGUCCCGAUCUCUCAAGUCUUCAAAUCUUGUUGAAGGAACUUGGAAUCGCUUAUAACGGCCCCAAAGCCCCCUCAGCUGACGAAAAGGAGCACCUGGACUACCUCGUCGUCAAUGCAGAGGGAGGCGAGCCUUGCAUUCAAGACCCCAACACCCAGACCGUCUUGGGUGAGAUCGGCGCCGUGUUUGAAUACUUGGUAUCCAACUAUGACAAAGAUCACCGAGUCAUUUUCCGCCGAGGUACUCCGGAAUUCUGGCUCGCUAAGCAAUGGCUGUGUUUCCACGUGGCGGUGCAAGCUCCGGUCUUUCGACAAGCACAGUGGUUCAAAACAUCUCAAUCUCGCGAGGAGAAACUCUUCGGCGGCGCGACAGGACGCUUCAUCCAGGAAGUCCAGCGCGUUACGGCUGUCUUGGAGAGCCAAUUGGCGAAACAGGAACAGAAGUAUCCCGGUAGCGGUGGCCCAUGGGUGGUUGGGGAUAAAUUGUCCUUUGUCGACCUCGCCUUGAUCUCGUGGCAGACGAAGAUUGGGACCAUAUUGGAAAAGGAUGAAUAUGACGGGACGAAGUAUCCUCAUUUACAAUCGUGGAUUGAUAGAUUGACUUCGUUGCCAUCGAUGCAGCAGUUCUGCAGGUAUGGUAGCUAG